AUGACAGAAGUGGUCGAAGAUCCUCUCGAACCACCCAAGCAUAAGUUCAAGAAAGUGCCAAAUGGUCCUCCUAGUCCUCCCCCGCCGGUCCUUCGCAGUCCCCCUCGCAAGGUAACUGCUCAAGAACAAAAGGAUUGGAUGAUUCCUCCGUGUAUUUCUAACUGGAAAAAUAAUAAAGGGUACACCAUUCCUUUGGAUAAGCGUUUAGCUGCCAGCGGACGUGGUCUCCAAGAUGUAAAUGUAAAUGACAACUUUGCGCAGUUUUCCGAGGCAUUGAACCUGGCUGACCGACAUGCGCGAGAAGAGGUGCGUCAGCGCAAUAUCAUGCAACAAAAAAUUGCCGCGAAGGAGAAAAUGGCAAGGGAAGAAAGUUUGCGCAUGCUCGCGCAACGUGCACGGGAGGAGCGUGCUGGAUUCUCCUCUAGCCGCUCGCAGAACCGAAUGGAGAAAAGUGAAGAUGAUACACUUGGUGCUCUGAACAACUACGGGAGCAGUGAUAGUGACGAUGAAGAUGAAGGGCAAGUGGCUGAGCGUAAUCGUUUACGAGAAGAACGUCGUCGCGAACGUGAACGUGACCUUCGAAUGAGCAAUAUGGGUCAGGAACAACGUGCGAGAGCAUUUGCAAAGGAACAAAACCGCGACAUAUCUGAAAAGGUUGCUUUGGGUCUGGCAAAGCCUACUAUGAGCAAGGAGUCUAUGACCGAUGCAAGAUUGUUCAACCGUGAAGCUCUGUCAAAUACAUUCGGCGACGAAGACUCUUACAAUGUGUAUGAUAAACCCCUUUUCCAAGGAUCUUCUGCUGCCGCCGCUAUAUAUAAUCGCCCCGGGCAGGGUGGUGCCGAUGAUAUGUUUGGCGGUGGUACUGAAUCUGGUAUCAAUGAGGAAUUGAGCAAUGAUAGAUUCGGCAUGGGAAGGACUAAAGGCUUUUCUGGCUCCCAAAACCAACAGCCCAGAUCAGGUCCUGUCGAAUUUGAGAAAGACACAGAGGAUCCUUUUGCUAUCAAUCAAUUCCUGAACGAGGCCAAGCGAGGUACGAAACGCAGUGGUGAGGAAGAUUUUGCGUAA